UCCUCUAUACAUUUCCUUCAUCUACUCUUCUUCUUGAAUUUCCUUCUUUUCAUGGAUUUUACACACUCGCAGCACCACCCCAAUCUCUCUCUAGGCUUCCUCUUCCACUCCUCAAUCACUGAUAAUUCCAGCCUCCAUAGGAAGAAUUGUAAUCCUAUGCAGCAGCAGCAGCAACAGUCCAUUCCUCUGAAUCUGAUAAACGAGGAGGAGGAAGGAGAUGCAAAGGAGGAGGAGGAGUUCAGAAUUCUUGGGCAUCCCAUGUGCUUCAAGAGGAAGAUAGACUCCGACCCAACAUCUUCAUCAUCAUCCAAACGGGCUUUAGUUGAGCAGCAGCCAAAACAAGGGUUUGAAUUUGAACUAAGAAAAAGUAAGGUCAGGGCUUGGGGAAAUCAAUCUCUACGUAUUGCAGAUCCUGAUGUUUUUGGGAUUAUGGAGAAGGAGAAGCAAAGACAAUUCAAGGGAAUUGAAUUGAUUGCUUCUGAGAAUUUCGUCUGCAGAGCAGUAAUGGAAUCUCUUGGAAGUCACUUGACCAAUAAAUACUCGGAAGGAAUGCCUGGUGCAAGGUAUUACGCCGGUAAUCAAUUCAUUGACGAAAUAGAAAACCUUUGUUGUAAACGUGCACUGGCUGCAUUUAAUCUCGAUUCUGAGAACUGGGGAGUUAAUGUUCAACCAUAUUCUUGUACAUCUGCAAACUUUGCUGUAUAUACAGGUCUACUAUUACCAGGAGAACGAAUUAUGGGUUUGGAUACUCCAUCUGGUGGGAACACCAGUCAUGGUUACUAUACUCCAAAUGGGAGGAAGGUUUCUGGGACUUCGAUUUACUUUGAGACUCUUCCAUACAAAGUGAAUCCGCAAACUGGGUUGAUAGAUUAUGACAAGUUGGAAGACAAGGCAGUUGAUUUUCGCCCCAAGAUACUCAUCUGUGGGGGGAGUUCAUAUCCUCGAGAAUGGGAUUACGCUAGGUUUAGACAUAUUGCAGAUAAGUGUGGGGCAAUUUUAUUGUGUGAUAUGGCUCAAAUCAGUGGCCUAGUUGCUGCAAAGGAAUGUUCAAAUCCCUUUGAAUAUUGUGAUAUUGUUACUUCCACGACUCAUAAAAGUCUUAGAGGACCUCGAGGAGGCAUAAUCUUUUACAGAAAGGGUAAAAAAUCAAGAAAGUUGGGGGGUCUGAACCAAGAUGAUGGUAGUGAAAGAUAUGAGUUUGAAGAGAAGAUAAACUUUGCGGUUUUCCCAGCAAUGCAAGGAGGACCUCAUAAUAAUCAUAUUGCUGCUCUUGCUGUAGCUUUGAAACAAGUUGCAACUCCUGAAUACAAGACAUAUAUGCAGCAGGUAAAGAAAAAUGCUCAGGCUAUGGCAUCUGCUCUUUUAAGAAGAAAUUGCAGAUUGGUAACAGGUGGAACAGAUAACCAUUUGUUACUUUGGGACCUUAGACCUCUUGGACUUGCAGGUAAGCUUUUUGAGAAGGUAUGCGAGAUGUGUCAUAUCACUCUAAAUAAGGUUGCUGUUUUUGGUGAGAAUGGUGCUAUCAUGCCUGGAGGUGUUAGGAUAGGUUCACCUGCCAUGACAUCGAGAGGCUGCUUAGAGGGCGAUUUCGAAGUAAUUGCUGAUUUUCUCCUUAGAGCUGCACAAAUCACAAGUACAGUGCAGAGAGAACAUGGAAAGCUUCAAAAGUCUUUUGCACAUGGACAUGGUCUUCAGAACAACAAAGAUCUUAUUGAGUUACGUCUCCAAGUGGAGAAUUUUGCUUCUCAGUUUGCAAUGCCCGGGUUUGAUGAUUAAACAGGAGAUUGUUCUUCAGAAAACUUGUUUUUAAUGGGCCAUUUUCUUGGUCCCUUGAUCUUGAAAAAAGGAUGAUGGCCAAGAAAACCAGUUGAGGCCAUGUUUUGAUGGAUGCAGUUACUGUAAAUUGUAUAAAUAAACAGAUAGAGAAUGAACAUAAGAAAAUGAAUACCGCUAGUAUAUUGAUUGAAUUUAUUUCUA